CAUCCCUCCUGAUCUGAGCUUCAGGUUUUUGAUCAUGAUGCUUCUCGGGGUUUGACCAGCUCUGAUCCAGUCCUGCAGAUCUUCAGUGACAUGAGCUCCUCUCAUCAUGGCCAGAAACACUUCUCUCUACUUUCGCAUCGUCGAGGGACGCAAUCUGCCUGCAAAAGACGUUUCUGGGACCAGUGAUCCGUACUGCAUCAUCAAAGUUGACAAUGAGGUCGUGGCCAGAACCGCCACCGUCUGGAGAAACCUGAAUCCGUUCUGGGGCGAGGAAUACACCCUUCAUCUGCCGAUGGGCUUCCAUACGCUCACCUUUUACGUCAUGGAUGAAGACACGAUUGGUCAUGAUGAUGUGAUUGGUAAAAUCUCCCUGAGUAAAGACGUGAUCGCUGCUCAACACAAAGCGCGCAGUGUCACGUGUCAAAACAAACAGCACAUGCUGUCAGUGAUUUCCACCUCUAGAGGCCUUCUCUCGCUCUCGUACUGUAUAAUGACAGCGGAGCUUCUCAGCUGCUCCAGCAACGGACGCAACCUGGAAAAACUCCAUCGUGAUUUGGCUCCGCGUGAUAUUUCCGGUACCUCUGAUCCGUUCACCAGAAUCAUCUACAACAACCUGAGCGCUGAGACAUCGAUCAUAAAGAAGACGCGGUUCCCGCACUGGGAUGAGACUCUGGAGUUGAGUUUGGAUGAAGGUGAUCAUGAUGAGGGUGGAAGCGUGAUGGUGGAGGUCUGGGACUGGGACAUGGUGGGCAAGAACGACUUUCUGGGAAAGGUGGAAAUCCCUCUGUCGUGUCUGCAGAGAUCUCCUCUGCUGCAGGGCUGGUUUCGUCUGCUGCCGCUGGGAAACACGGAGGACGACGCCGGAGGUAAACUGGGUGCUCUGCGUCUGAAGGUGCGUUUGGCCGAGGAGAGGAUUCUUCCGUCUGUGUACUAUCAGCCUCUGAUUGAGCUGCUGGUGGAGGCCGUCAUCUCGCCGUCAGAGGUGGAUGAGCCCACACCCCUGACCCUGCUGGAGGAGGUCACGACGGUGGAGAGCCGGCAGAUCGUGGCCAUGACGCUGGUCAAGAUCUAUCUGGGUCAGGGUCUGGUCGUGCCGUUCCUGGACUACCUCAACACCAGAGAGGUCCACAGCACCACAGAUCCAAACACACUCUUCCGGUCCAACUCACUGGCCUCCAAAGCCAUGGAGCAGUUCAUGAAGGCCGUCGGGAUGCUGUAUCUUCACGAGGUUCUGAAGCCCAUUAUCAACCGCAUCUUUGAGGAAAAGAAAUACGUCGAGUUGGAUCCCUGCAAGAUAGACCUCAGCCGCUCCAGACGAAUCUCGUUUAAAGGCUCGGCGUCGGAGGCCGAGGUCAGGGAGAGCAGCGUGGGGCUCCUGCAGACGUAUCUGAGCAGCAUCAUGGAGGCCAUCGUCAGCUCUGUCUCCCAGUGUCCUCCUGUGAUGAGAGUCGUCUUCAAACAGCUCCAUAAACGCGUGGAGGAACAGUUUCCAGAAGCCGAGAACGAGGAUGUGAAGUAUUUGGCCAUCAGCGGCUUUUUCUUCCUGCGUCUGUUUGCUCCUGCGAUUCUGACGCCCAAACUCUUCCAGCUGAGAGACCAUCACGCCGACACCAGGACCAGCAGAACUCUGCUGCUGCUCGCUAAGGCUCUUCAGAGCGUGGGGAACCUGGGCCUUCAGCUGGGUCAUGGGAAGGAGCAGUGGAUGACCCCUCUGCAUCCCAUCAUCCUUUGCAGCGUGGCGUCCGUCAAAGAUUUCCUGGACAAACUCAUAGACAUCGAUCACAGCAACGUGUCUGAAGCUCCGCAGCGCACCGUGUUUUUGCCGUCGGUCAUCGUGAAGGAAGGUUUCCUGCAGAAACACAAAGCCGAAGGACCUCAGCUGCUCAAACGCUUCGCUUUUAAGAAACGAUAUUUCUGGCUGAGCUCAGAGACGCUGUCGUACGCCAAGAGCCCCGACUGGCAGGUCCAACACGCUUUCCUUUCUUCUCUGUGUGUGUGUUUUAUGAAUGGAGUGUCAUUAGCUGUAGGUUCAUUAUCAUCUCUUGGCUUCUGA